AUAGUGCUAGACAGCAGAGACCCAGGCAGGUAGUGUCACUGAUCCCUCCGUGGGCUCUCAACCUCCCGGUUCCCUCUGACUCCGUGGGGAUAAGAUGUCGUCACAGCAGUGAGGCGGUUAGCGAGCAGUCUUUCCUGGUCUGAGGACCAGAGACACCCCACUGGUCUCUCCUCCACAGUCUGCAGAAGACGGUGCCAUGUCUAUUAUUGCUUUCUUCUUCUUCCUGACCCUACAGCCUCAUGGCUAUGGGCAGCCCACUGGGGCCAACCAGGCCCUGGGGAUAUGGCGUAAAGCACCAGGGACCAGAGAGCCCUUUGUUGACCGAGUCAAGAGAAGUUUCCCUGGGGACGAUGAUGAUUAUGAACCUUAUCAGACCCCAGAUCCAGAGCCGAUGGACAACAGUUUCACUACGUGGUCACUAGUCACGACAAGAGGAAUGCAACAGGGGGCCACGAGUGCACCUGUGACCAUGGACUUGGGUGAACCCACGACACAUGAGGCCACGAGAGGGAGAUUGGCCACGGAGGAGCUGACUACAGAAGCCACAUAUAGGGGAACCACGAAUCUCCCCCUAGCAGAGGAGCCUACUUCAGGUCUGUCAUCCACAGGGCAGCAGACCACAGAUGACCUCACAACGGAGAAAGUGGUUACACAGGUGCCAGAAAUUGUGGUCUCUACCACAGAGGAGUCAACUUCCAAGGACCUAAGGCAGCAGGUCAUCCAUAACUCUACUGCAGGGGAUGUUGGCACAGAUACAGUAGUUAUCUUUACCACAGGGAAAUCAGCCACAGACUCAUUGGCCACAGUCACCCCGGCUUUGGACACAGACAGGGCAGAGACUGUAACCCCUACCAUGGGGCAGCUGGUCACACACUCUGCUACCACAAUGGAGCUACCCACCAGCCUCCCAGCAGAGCUCAAACCUAAUCACAGCAGCCCAGCUUCCUCUCUGAAUGCUUCUGCCUUUUUUUUCGUUACAGUUCACCCCCUACACAAUUUUUCUACCACUUUCUCCCUACCUUCCACAUCUGAGGCACAUUCAGAUCCUCCCAAGCCCGAGGUAGCCACAGAGCAGAUCGGACUGUCCAAUGCCACUGCCCUGGUGGCUGUGGCCACCACUGCCCACCUGUUCAUCUCUGACAAAAUCCCAGUGAGGCAGUGCCUGCUGGCCGUCCUUAUCUUGGCCCUCAUUGCCACUAUCUUCCUGAUCUGCACUGUGGUCCUGGCCAUACGCCUCUCCAAGAAGGGCCACACUUACCCUGUUCGGGAUUACUCUCCCACUGAGAUGGUCUGCAUCUCCUCCCUGCUGGCUGAGGGUGAGGGACCACCCAUGGCCAAUGGGGGCCCAGCGAGUGCCAAGACCCAGCUUCUAAAGCCUACCCCAGGCCCUGGGGAGGACUGCGAUGGGGAUGAUCUGACCCUUCACAGCUUCCUCCCAUAACCCUCACUGAUUCACCCUGCCUCUAUGCAAAUGCCCUGAAAGGGAUCAGACAAAUGUGGGCCCUGUGCCCAGGAAAGAGGGCAUGGGAAUUCUGAAUACUUGGUCCCAGGGAGGCUGAGAGGCAACCAUAUGGAAAGUUUGCCUGAAGCUUCUCAUUCUCCCUGGUUGUAAAGAUGGAGUCCCAGGACCUGAGUUCAAAUUCUGGUUCUGCCACUUACCUCUUGUGUGACUUCAGCAAGUCUCUUUCCUUCCUUGGGCCUUGGUUUUCUCAUAUGUAAAAAGAGAGGACUUGGACUAGCUAACCUCUAAGUUUGCUUCCAGCUCUUAAACAUGAUCAAUGGACAAGGACAUUUCCAGUAUGGAAAUUUCUUGAAAUACCUUGGUAAGAGAACUGAGUUCCACAAGAGUAGAAUACUAUGAGUUUGGGAGGUCAUGAUGAGCAGGGAAAUGAUAAAAUGCUUCUACUGUGGA